AUGGCUGGAUAUUUUGAAGAAAUGGGAUGGAGAGAAUUAGAGGACGGGGAACAACCAGAUCAUUUACUGCACAUGGCUAGAUUCAUCUUUGAAUUUGGUUUUAAUGAAGACUUUAAUGCAAGAGAGUGGCCAAAACUACCACCACCAGCUUCCAAAGAGACUGUAAAGAACUUGCCCGAAACCACUAUAGAAAGUGAUGGUAAAAGCUGUCCUAUCUGCUUGAAGAAAUUUAACAUUGGUGAAAAGGUAACGGAAAUGCCUUGUAACCACCAAUACCACACUACAUGCAUAUCAAUUUGGCUUAACACGACAAAUUCUUGUCCAUUCUGUAGAUAUGAAUUACCAACAGAUGAUGAAGUAUAUGAACAGUUUAAAAGAAACAAGAAGAGGUCUGAACAAAAGCAAGAAGACUUGGCUGUGCUCCAUAAUUCAAUGUUCAGUUAA